AUGUCUCCAUCGCAGAAGAACGAGCCCACGUUCAACAUCCUGCCGCACCCAGCUAAGUCGAACGACCCGAAGGAUCUCGAGCCUCCGCAGCCUGGCGGCGGGUUGAACAGCAACCCAGAGCAGCAGGCAUUCCACGCGCGCGAUCCAUACGUGCCCAGCGCGGAUCUGCUAAAGAAUGUUGAGCAACCUUUGAGUCGGGAGGAGCUGCGUGCUCGCACGGCUCAGCUGAACAAGCAAUGA